CGCUACGUUGUAUAAAAGGUCUGUGGGGGUUUUCGUAAACGUCAAAAAUAAGGCGUGGAUCCCUGGAGCUCAGCUCAUCUCACACCGUCUCAUCCCUCAGUCGUCCUCAAUCCCGUCCUCUGCUACUCGGCUCUCAGCAUCUCUCUCAGAUCAAGGUAUGAAUGCUGGAAUCAGUGUGUGUGUGUUGCUGGUGGCUCUGUCCAGCAGCGGGUGCUUCUCUUUGCCGACACACUUACAGAACGAUGGACGUUUGGAUGGCAGGACAGUAGACGAACUCACACGCCACACCCGAGCGCUGUCUCCCAACGGCCAGCUCAGCCUGCUGUCCAAAACGCAAGAGGACAUGGUGGAGGAGGACGCCGUCCACAGGCUGAAUGAGCUGCUGGCCAGACUCAUGUCCAGAAAAGGUUCAUAUCGCAGGAGUCCUUCGACGAACAGUAGGUCUAACCACAGGAUAAAGGACCGAGACUACCUGGGCUGGAUGGACUUUGGUCGUCGUAGUGCUGAGGAGUACGAGUACUCCUCAUAAUAUCAUCCAUUCAUCUACUGACCAUCUGCAACUAACCAACAACCAACCAAUCAGCCCGCCUUGUGUACAGAGAGAUCUACCUUAAUUAUUCCUCCCAGUUCCGUUGUUGUUGGAGAGCCGUUUCUCCAUCUCAUUUACACUGUACAUUCAUUUGUAUAAUAAAGACGAUGCAAUAUAGAUAUACAGUAUAAUUAUGUAACUCGUGCAUCGUUACAUGCACUCAGAUUUUUUGCUGAAAAUGACUGAGAAUGUGUCUGUUAUUUAUUUACUCACUUUAUUUGUGAAUAUCUGGGAUGUUUAAGAA